GCAUUCACCAAGAGUAUAUCCGCUUUCCCGCACGUUUUGCGAGACAUUCUUUAAAAGAACGUUACAUAAAAUAGCUUUUUUAAUCAACAUUUUAAAUUGUAUAUCAAGAGUGGUGGUACAAACCUGAUUUCUUUGCAACUCCUCACGAAGAAUCUAAAAAAGAAACAAAAUGUCCUGGUUGUUUGGUCAUCAUGAUCGAAAACCUGGCAUAUUUUUGAGUCUCGUAUAUAAAAUCCUGAAAGCUGGUAUCAUACCUCAACAUGUAGCAUUUAUUAUGGAUGGAAAUCGAAGAUUUGCUUGUAAAGAGAAAAUAGAGAGAAGAGAAGGCCACAAUAAGGGGUUUCACAAAUUAACUGAGGUUCUUCAAUGGUGUUAUGAACUUGGGAUACCAGAAGUUACAGUUUAUGCUUUUAGUAUUGAAAAUUUUAAAAGGUCUCAAGACGAAGUUGAUACUUUAUUGGAAAUUUUUAAAAAAGAAUUGAACAAACUUUUGGAAAAAAAGGAUGAACUCACAGAGUAUAGUGUUUGCAUUCGUUUUAUUGGCAACAUUGCAUUAUUUGAUGAUGAUAUUCGUGAAAUUAUUUUUAAAGUCAUCAAUCUAACCAAAAACAAUAAUAGGUCUUUUUUAAAUAUUGCUAUGGCAUAUACCUCACGAGAUGAAAUCACUUAUGCUAUUAGAGAAAUUGCAGUAGGUGUUGAUAAAGGAAUGAUUUUGGAAAGUGAUAUUGACGAGGAGUUGCUUGAAAACUGUUUUUAUACUAAUAAAUGCAAACCAGUUGACAUGGUUAUUAGAACAUCUGGUGAAGUGCGGCUUAGUGAUUUUUUACUUUGGCAGACAUCAUUUUCUACAUUGUGCUUUGUUGAUUCAUUAUGGCCUGAAUUUACUGUGUGGAAUCUGUUGUUUUGUAUUUUUAAGUUUCAAUUAGGGUAUAAUACAAUACAGAAUGCAAAGUCAACCAGCAAGUUAAAAGAAAGGCGUGCUCAAUUGGAAUUAGAUUUGCAAUCUGCCUACAAAGCCGAGAGGUGCUCCGAAGAUAAUAUUGAUCCAGAUAAUAUUGAAAAACAGACACUUUUAAGAACUGAAAGAAUAAAUAGGUUUCUUGCCUUGGUCGAAGAUAGACGGAAUGAGCUAUUAUUUUUGACCAAGUCUUGAACACUCACUAAGAUUUGUUAUAUAUUUUAAUAUUUAAGGAUUUUUAAUAAUUUGUAAAUAUUUAUAUAUGUAUUUUAAUAGAAUUCAAUGAGUUGGA